AUGGAGAUCCAGUUCUCGAUCCCUAUCACCGGAGGGCGAUCCAACAGCUCGGCGCCAAAGCGACAUGUCAAAUGUGACGAGACAAAACCAGCCUGUCUCAAUUGUUUAAAAUGGCGAGGUUCAUGCGAUGGCUAUGGCGAUGCAGCAGCUACACCCGCUGAAGGCGCCACCGAGCCUCGGCCGCGCUCAACAGCCUCAAGAUCAAAAGCAACGGCGAACUCUGCGACUAACAAAUCCCGUGCAACGUCCAAGAUUAAGGUUACUACGGGUUCGACGGCUGUUGUGAAAGCAAGACCACCAACAAUCCCCGAAGAACCUGCAAUCAACACCAUUUGCUUCACAAGUAGCGAGCAGCGAUCUUACUUUGAUGAAUGGUCCGCUCUUAGUGUCGGGUUCCUUAGUGGGGGACUCGGAGACUCACGAUUAUGGACGACUACGAUGCCGCAGCUCACAUUGCAGGAACCCUCACUGAGGUAUGCCGCUAUGGCAGUAGGUGCACUACGUAAAGCUUCAAAUGUCGAGUUUGAAGCUUCUUCACCAGGUAAUGAACUUGCAGGCGACAACAAGCACUACCUCAACGCAAUUGUCUACUAUUGCGAGGCUUUACAAUUACAAGCCAAGGCCAGACCGACAAAAGAGGGAUUACGUACAGCGAUGUUGGCAUCUCUGCUGUUCAUCUGCUUUGAAGCGCAACGAGGAAACAUGCCAGCAGCUCUCAAGCACAUCACUCACGGCUUCAGUAUGCUGAACGAGCUUGCAGCUUGUACCGACAAAGCUCCCGGUCUUGUCAGAAUUGCCCCAGCACCUCCAGCGCUCGUGCAAGAGAUCCUCGAUUGUUAUAAGCCCUUGGAACUCCAGUCGCGAUCAUUCAUGGGGUCGUAUAAGAAGUUCUUCUUCCCCCCGAAACCACCCGCAGUCGCCGCAAAGCAGGCUCCUCCCUCACAAGCGGCCAGUCCUCGCUCUAUAUCAAGUCCACCAAGUCAACCUGGCACGCCAUGGGCGAACGCACCUUCAGGUCAACAGAACCCAGUUGGUCUUCCAAGUCCACAGAGUCAAGCGAGUCCACAAGCCAUGUCAGACCAGCAGACACCUCCUCGAGCGCCUCCGCAAAGACCACCGGGGAUCGCUCCAUUCACGAAGCACUCACCAUACUUCAGGCCAAAGCAGACUAACAUCAGGGUGAUUGAGGAUAUGCCGGCUGUUUUCAGCUCGUUGGAUGAAGCCCAUGGAUACUGGACGUUACUGCAGAGGCAGCUUGUGCAGUACAUUCCUCUUCUGACAGCCACAACAGCACAGCUCGCUUUGACGAAAGUGAGAGACAUGAAGGAGCUGAAGAUAAAGCUAGAUAGCGUGCAGCAAAACCCCAGGAUCUCAAAAUUUCUGGAAGAAUCCAGGCAUUGGCUUCAACGAUGGUCAACAUCAUUCAGUCCACUUCUUCGAAGAGCACAGGACAAUCGCCAGAACGACGAACAGUCGUAUCUGCAAGCGAUCAACUUUCACAUCGAGUUUCUCAUCCUUUACAUUUACACCGCCAUGCCACGAUACUCUAGCGUCGAAACAGCAAAGGACCUCACGCCACAAUACCGGGAGCUGAACGCCAUUGCCGAGAUUUUAAUCGCAUCGCGUCCCAACUGCGGUUUCGCAAUGGACUCAGGUUGGACAUGGCCCCUCUUCGUCUCAGCAUUUGGCUGCCGCGAUCCAGAGGUCAAACAAGAUGCCAUUCGCAUUCUAGGAAAAUACCCCAUCCGCAACGCCCUCCGCGACAGUCGCGUCUUCCGUGCCAUCGCUCUGAAGAACCUUGAGGUCGAAGCUAUGAACGCAAUGGAGGGCGAUGAAGAUGAGCAGUGGUUACGUCUGAGGAGGAGAGAGCUCGUCUUUGAGGAUCUGGGAAUGAACAUUAUCUUUCGAUAUGCGGAGAAGAAUCAGGCCACGGGGGAGUGGGAGCUCAUUGAGGAAGUGGCGGUGUUUAUGGUUGGGGAGGAUGGGCAGUUGGAUUGGCAUAGACAGCCUAUCUCGGAGUCGGUGUCGAUUCUUUCGGGUGUUUGUUAA